AUGAGGUUCACGUUCCCUCUCAUGGCCAUUGGCCUGGAAGUUGUCAUGAUUGUUUUAUUUGCAUUAUUUGUUCAGUAUGACACGGGUUCGAACAGUCCCAAGGCCAACAGCACUGAGUCACCUGCCAUAGAUGUGGAAACAUCCAUGGACUUGUAUCCUCACUUCCAAGAUGUGCACGUUAUGGUAUUCGCUGGGUUCGGCUUCCUCAUGACCUUCUUGCGGAAAUAUGGCUUCAGUAGUGUGGGCUUCAACCUACUCAUUGCUGCUCUGGGACUCCAAUGGGGCACUUUUAUGCAGGGGAUCUUUCAUAGCCACGGACAGAAAUUCCAGAUAGAAAUCAAAAGCAUGAUAAAUGCAGACUUCAGUACAGUCUCAGUUCUGAUUUCUUUUGGAGCUGUCCUGGGAAAAACAAGUCCAAUCCAGAUGUUGAUCAUGACAAUUUUAGAAAUUACUAUAUUUGCUGCCAAUGAAUAUCUGGUUUUUGAGGUAUUUUCGGCCUCUGAUAUUGGAGAAUCAAUGACCAUCCAUGCCUUUGGGGCUUACUUUGGUUUGGCUGUAGCUGGCAUCUUGUAUCGAUCAAAAUUGAAAGAAGGACAUCCCAAUGAAGAGUCUGUAUACCACUCGGACUUGUUUGCCAUGAUUGGGUCUCUUUUCUUAUGGAUAUUUUGGCCUAGCUUUAAUUCUGCCAUCACUGAUAAUGAAAAGACACAGUAUAGGGCCAUCGUGAACACAUACUUCUCCCUCGCGGCCUCCGUGGUCACAGCCUACGCAUGUUCCAGCCUUCUCGAGAGCCGAGGCAAGCUCAAUAUGGUUCACAUUCAGAAUGCAAGUCUGGCUGGGGGAGUAGCUGUGGGCACUUGUGCGGACAUGGAGAUUUCCCCCUAUUAUGCUAUGAUCAUCGGGAGCAUUGCGGGAGUGGUCUCCGUGUUGGGGUUCAAGUUCCUGACUCCACUUUUUGCUACUAAACUGAAGAUCCAUGACACAUGUGGGGUCCAUAACCUACAUGGCUUACCUGGUGUGAUAGGAGGCCUUGCCAGCAUCAUCAUCAUGGCCUUGGAGAAAUCUGACUCGGCUAAGAUGGCCAGUCAGGCAGCUGCGCUAGGUUCUUCCAUUGCAACAGCACUUGUUGGAGGGCUAAUCACAGGUGCAAUUCUAAAGAUACCUAUCUGGGCACAACCAUCUGAUGAGGACUGCUACGAUGAUUCUGUUUAUUGGGAGGUUCCUAGGAGGACAGAAUAUGACAACCGUUUCCAUGACCUUCUCGAUUUCACCCUAUUAGAACGUGAAGCCUAA